GGAUAGCCUCGCCUGACGUGUCCAGCGGUAACGCCAUUGCUCGGCACACAAAGUGUGCUCCGUUGUGUUGGCGAUGGCGCUGAAGCACCGUGGUGUGCAUGUGUUGCGCUAGCGACCAUCGCUGACCGCCCGCUGUGUGGACUCCUGUGGUGCUACUCGCCACGCCCAAUCACCUCGAGACGCCGGACGCCGGGAUGGUCUGUCAUGCCGUGAUGAACGCAGCUUAUAUAAGCCUGAUCUCGCCAGCAGCAAUGCGUAGGGACGCCUUGGGUGCCAUGCCCUGGGUUGUCAAUCCAUAAGCGGCGCACUUUGGAGACGCUCACCUCCACAGCCACAGACAGCUGACUGGCUACGCGCCGGGCGAGGGUACCUUCUUGAGCUGCUCUUGAUGCGCACGCUGUGGCAUUCGAUCUGAUUUGGGUUCUGGGUAUAUCCCAGCCGAGCCUCGCACGCUGCUACACCUCUCCUUAACUUUGCUGAAUGGGCUGCUGUGAACGCUCCUGCUGCUGGCCAUGCUGCAAUGUGUGUGCCAUGAUCAUGCUCGCUGUCACCUUCUGCCUCCUUGUUUGGGGCACGUCUGGCCUUCUCUGGCUCUCCAUCAACAAUGACCACAUUGGCCUGCAAAAGGCGUCGCUCAAGCAGUCCAAUCUGGGCGAGUUCACGUUUGACAAGUGCCCACCAAGCAUCAAGUCGUUCUGUGACAAGUGGGAGUCGGCCGGCAAGGGUGCGCUCGCCAUGAUCAUCAUUGCCAUCAUCGCACUCGUCCCUGCCGCCAUCUUUGCAGUUCUGUUCUUCAUUCCCGAGGACUCCUGCGGGCCCGCACCGACCAAUGGUAUGAUUGCCACGCUGGGCGCCUUCCUCUGCGAGGCCAUCGUCGCCUUCCUCUGCUUUGUCAUCGCUAUCCAGUACGCCAAGGGCACCGACGGCGCCCGCGGCAACGCCGUGCUCUCGCUCAACUACAUUGGGGUCAUCAUUGCAGGUAUUCUGAUGGUCAUCGCCGCCGCCAUCCACCUCACCUUUGGCACCUGCGCCAAGGACGUCCGCGACGGCUCGUCUGACAUCGGCGGCGACAACAGUGGCAAGGUCUAACUAUCACUCUAAAGUAUUAAACCUUAGCAGUGCGGUCGU